CUGUCCGCCAAUCACCAUCAAUCUAUUACUAAACUCACCACCAAAAAAUAUGCAGCCAAAAGCUAAUGUGUUCGAGUCCCGAGAGUCUAACCUUUUUCUGGCUUGAUGCCUUUCCUUAUCCAUAACUGUAUUUUGAGAAUCUGGGGAAUUUAAGAAGAGAAAAUGCGGAAACGAACUCGGUAUAGUCGUGAUAAUGAUGAAAUAGAUUUAUCUUCUUCAAAUUCUCAGCGUUCAAGGAGAUUGACCGCUUCCCAAAUUGUUGCUGAUGAAGAUGAAAGUGGAUCCGAGUAUGAAGAAGUGUCACACCCACCUAGACGCUCCCAAAGACUUUCUAAUUCCAAUCAACAACAACGUUCUGAUGACAGUAGUGAUGAGUACGAACCUCCUGUUGCUACUCAAAACCGCGAAAUCGAUCUGAACUUAAUGGUAAAGAACACAAUUCGACUUGCUAUUUGUUCACAGGCUUCUAGACAGCCAUUGAGCCGAAGAGAGAUCAUUCAAAAAGCUUUUCUUCCGAACACUCCUCGUCAAUAUUUCCCCAAGGUCAUAGACCUUGCCAACAGAAAACUCAACAGCACAUUUGGUAUGAAAUUGUGCGAAAUUGUGAGCAAUGACUUAAGCAAGUUUAUGGAAGUGUCUCAAUUACGAAAAACAAACACGGCGAGGGCCUCUACCACAAAAUACUGGAUCCUGCGAAACGAAUUACCUGACGAGUACCAGGACUUCACUGUUCCAAGAUCGCCACUCGAAAACGCACAAACUGCUUUUCUCUUUAUUACACUCUCCCUAAUUGCACUCUCACAAGGCUCUCUUCUUGAGAGCGAUUUGAAGGCAUAUCUUCAAUCUCUUCUUGUUCUCACCCAUAUUCCUUUGCGCCAUGAUUUGGACCGUACACUCGUACAGCUUGUUCGUAACGGCUAUCUAGAUCGAACAAAAAACGACACUCACAAUCAGUACAAUUACCUUAUCGGCGCACGGGCAUCCGCUGAAAUUGGUAAGUCGGGAAUGAUAAAAUUCAUUUCUUACUUCGUUCCCGCCAACGAAGUUGAAGGUAUCGUAGCUAUGAACGAUGAUAAUUCAACACAAUCACAGGAUGAUUCACAGAGCGAGGAAGAAGAAAACGACGAGGAGCAAUCUGGUAAUAGUUAGGAUGAUAUGUAAAUAAAUAUUAGGGUAUAAUCGUGAAUACUACGGGAUAUUAAGAGAAAUGCUUUAAAAUGAAUGUCAGUAAAAUGCCAAAUUAUAGCUG